GUUACUCAGCCGCUAAGGCUAAGGUCAGGGGGCCUUGCUUCCACUUCAGAGCACUAAAAAUAUCCUCUAAAUUUGAUGCCUGUCCAGUUAUACAAUCUGUGCCCCCGACCGACUCCACUCGUCAGGCUCCCAGAAUUAAACUUCAAGCACUGGGUUCUAUUGGUUUCCUCCAACUGUUUGACAACAUUUUACCACAUUUGACAACAGGAAACACACAUAAGGCUACACUCUAAAAGGCUACACUCGAAGAACACCAUCCCAACCGUACAGUAGAGGACUUCAAUUAAAUCUCUUGGUAUGUUGUUCUUUGACCAGAAUUAUAAUUCUAACUGUUGCCAGUGCAUGUUAGGGAUUUAAAUAAUGCCUAAAAUGCACAUUAACAGAAAUGUGCCAUAGAUACCUGUCUUACGACAUUGUCUUUGUGGCACGUUAGAAGGAAAUAGCUCCAAAUCAAAACUUUAUUUUAUAUUUUUAAGGGAAUGGAUCCUGUGUGAAAGCAGGAAGCUAUUGUGAUAAACAUGGCGUCUCACAGCUCCAAGAGGUGUGCAACUGUGAAGAAAAAGUUUGUUCCUAAGACGAAGCCACCUGAACCUGUGGUGGAAUACGUCACACCUGGAGGCUAUGAGCUGGAGAAGAUCCUUAACCGUGACUGCAUGGAGUACACUCACAUCAACCAGGUCUGGCCCAAUGUCUGGAUUGGAGACGAGUAAGUGAGGCAGUCUGUGUUCUGUAAGAGAUCAAAUUCAACAUAAAGUAGCAUUAUUUACCUAGCUUGAGUGCCAGGCAGUCUGUUCGUUCUAUAAUGCCAACGCCUUGUCAUGUAAAAUGUUUGGCUUGAUAUUUCCCUAAGGAGUUGGCAAGAGACCAGAAACCAUAGAUAUAGGACCUAUAUACAGUAUAUUGUCUAUGGCCAGCAAGGCUAUUAUUUACCUUAAGUGUUAUAUCUGUUCAGUAUUCUCAAGUAUUAUAACUGAGUAUUACUGCAUUAUAUACAGAAUUAUAACAGUUACCUACUGUCUGAUGUAUUAACUGUUUGAGUACACUCUUUGUCUCCUACCUGCAGUACAGGUCCCUGCAUCCUUAGCCAGGUCCCCAGUCUGUUUGUGCUCUUGCCAAUUCCAUUUGAUCAUUAUAAACAAACCAUUUGGUAUGACAAUGAGUGACUGACAAGGAGUUAGCAUGAUAGCACAAACUGACUGGCACUCAGGCUAGUAAAUCCUUACAUUGACAGAGAGAGUGCCAAAGACAAAUACAACCUGAAGAAAUUGGGCAUGACCCACAUCCUGAACGCAGCAGAGGGGACGUGGAACAAUGUGGACACGGGAGCGGAGUUCUACAGCGACAUGGACGUGGUCUACCAUGGGGUCGUCGCAGAGGAUACUCCAACCUUUGACCUUAGCCAGUACUUCUUUCCUACAGCCCAGUUCAUCGACCAAACACUCAACAUACCUGAGAGUAAGUUAGUCUUAGUUUGGGUGACAUUUUAUUAACUUUAAUGAAUAAGAAAUUAUACAGUUGAAGUCGGAAGUUUACAUACACUUAGGUUGGAGUCAUUACAACUCAUGGGAAAAUCAAAAGAAAUCAGCCAAGACCUCAGAAAAACAAUUGUAGACCUCCACAAGUCUGGUUCAUCCUUGGGAGCAAUUUCCAAACGCCUGAAGGUACCACGUUCAUCUGUACAAACAAUAGUACGCAAGUAUAAACACCAUGGGACCACGCAGCCGUCAUACCGCUCAGGAAGGAGACGCGUUCUGUCUCCUAGAGAUGAACGUACUUUGGUGCGAAAGUGCAAAUCAAUCCCAGAACAACAGCAAAGGACAUUGUGAAGAUGCUGGAGGAAACAGGUACAAAAGUAUCUAUAUCCACAGUAAAACGAGUCCUAUAUCGACAUAACCUGAAAGGCCACUCAGCAAGGAAGAAGCCACAUAAAAAAGCCAGACUACGGUUUGCAACUGCACAUGGGGACAAAGAUUGUGGUUUUUGGAGAAAUGUCCUCUGGUCUGAUGAAACAAAAAUAGAACUGUUUGGCCAUAAUGACCAUCGUUAUGUUUGGAGGAAAAAGGGGGUCCCUUGCAAGCCGAAGAACACCAUCCCAACCGUGAAGCACGGGGGUGGCAGCAUCAUGCUGUGGGAGGGACUGGUGCACUUCACAAAAUAGAUGGCAUCAUGAGGAAGGAAAAUUAUGUGGAUAUAUUGAAGCAACAUCUCAAGGCAUCAGUCAGGAAGUUAAAGCUUGGUCGCAAAUGGGUCUUCCAAAUGGACAAUGACCCCAAGCAUACUUCCAAAGUUGUGGCAAAAUGCCUUAAGGACAACAAAGUCAAGGUAUUGGAAUGGCCAUCACAAAGCCCUGACCUCAAUCCUAUAGAAAAUGUGUGGGCAGAACUGAAAAAGCGUGUGUGAGCAAGGAGGCCUACAAACCUGACUCAGUUACAGCAGUUUUGUCAGGAGGAAUGGGCCAAAAUUCACCCAACUUAUUGUGGGAAGCUUGUGGAAGGCCACCCGAAACGUUUGACCCAAGUUAAACAAUUUAAAGGCAAUGCUACCAAAUACUAAUUGAGUGUAUGUCAAUUUCUGACCCAAUGGGAAUGUGAUGAAAUAAAUAAAAGCUGAAAUAAAUCAUUCUCUACUAUUAUUCAGACAUUUCACAUUCUUAAAAUAAAGUGGUGAUCCUAACUGACGUAAGAAAGGGAAUUUUUACUAGGAUUAAAUGUCAGGAAUUGUGAAAAACUGAGUUUAAAUGUAUUUGGCUAAGGCGUAUGUAAACUUCCUUUUUCAACUGUAAGUGCUUAUAAUUUCUUUAUAAAGCAUUGUUAUAAAUGCCUAUGAAUGGCAAAGCUUAUAAAUACUUUGAAAUGUUUAUAAAUGUUUACAAAAAAUGUAAGGUUAUUAAUGCUUAUUCAUUCAAGUAAUUAUACAGGGGUACCGUUCUAUUCUAAUAACAAACACCUCUUCUUCCAGUCAUGUUUUUCUAUGCGUUUCCAUGUAGAUAAGCUGCUGGUGCACUGUGUGAUGGGGAGAAGUCGGUCAGCCACCCUGUUCCUGGCCUACCUGAUGAUCUGUAAGAACAUGACGGUAGUGGACGCCGUGGACCACGUGAAGCGACGCAGGCGUAUCAUCCCCAACUGGGGCUUCCUGAAACAGCUCCGGCAGCUGGACACCUACCUCUUAGAACAGAGGAACGGAGUGACGACUGACGAGGGAAAAGGAGGAGAAGAAAACGACAAGGAAAGAGAGGAGGAUGAAAAGAAGGAUAAAAUGUGAUCGAUGCACCCUGAGAAAAGGGACAUGUAUUUCAUUUAGAUCAUUUGGUUCCACAAGAAAUGUGUACAGUGAAAAAAUUGUCUAACAAGUAGGUUUCCUAGUACUUCAAAAAUACUGUACUCCAAUUGUACUUCAAAUUUAAAAGAGUUAAAGUGGAAAUCCACAGUUCAAACAAUAACAAUAACAAAGCAACCAUCCCACCACUUGUUUUGGUAAACCGCUAAGGGAUGGGGCCCGAGAAAUGUUAACACUCAAAUUCAUAGACAAUAGCUACAGAUCUGCUAUCUUAAUUUGAUCACUUUGUCGUAGAUAAUUUUCUUGCGCAGCAGGAAAUGCUAAUUGUAAAGGCAUCCAAAGUUAGUAAUUUACACUUGAACAUUUCAGACUUAAAUUUUCCCUAAUGAAAAAUAUAUCAACCACUACAAAAAUGGCCAUUAAUUAUA